GAAAUUACAUACGUUAUAAAUGUUACAUACAGGUCAUAAACUCGUAUGUAACUGUUCAUUUUGACUCAUAAUAUGCCUAAAAAGAGUUGAGUAAUAUUUGAGAUAUUUUAAGAGAAUAUGUUAAUAUUAUUUUUAGACAGUUAUAAUUCCAAUGCUUAAGCUGUGAUGGCCUCCAUGAUCACUUUGACAGAUUUGCUUAAGGCACGGAUGUAACAGACAGACACCAUAUGUCUGUCCAAAGUUAUGAACGUAGAUAUAUUUUACAAUAGGAAUUUAAGAAUAAAUGCAGCCUAUAAUCAUUAUUAUUAAGCUUCAUAAUAUUUAUUUUGCUUUAUAUUACUUUAUGGAGGGGUAUAUUUGUAACUGGGACAAACAUAUUGUUUUUCACACCAUUUCCUAACAUAUAAAGUGUGGUUCUAAAGUCUUGUAAUCACUUCUGAGAAUAACUAUGUAACCGUGCACACAAUUUAAUGGGAUAAUGAGGUUCACUUGAAACAUGAGGAGACUGACAAUCAAGUUAAGAGGGUACACAAGAAACAAUGUGUCUCGCUCUUGUUCUGAGAGUGGGACAUUAAAUGCUAAGGCAGCUACAAUGAGCGGCUAUAGAAGUAAAAUUAAACAAGACCCAGAAAAAUGGAUGGAGCACAAAGUGAGUGAAGCUAAAAGGUUACGUGAAUGUAGGCUUCUAAUGUCAGAGGAGAAAGUGCAGGAAAAUAGGGAGAAAUCAAGACAGUGUAUGCAGCAAUACAGAGAAAGAAAAAAAAAAGAAAAACAGAAGGCAUUGCUGAUGAACCACAGAAAAAACAACCUUGUACAAGAUCAACUGAAGAAAGACCAGCCAAAGUGAAUACUGGAAGCUGAAAAAGCAUGAACAACGGGCUAACGUCAUCUAAAAAAAAAAAAAAGACAUGAGAGAGAAAAAGAUAAAGUGCAAAAAUGCAAAAAAGAAAAAAUAAGAAAUGUAUUGCAGUACCUAAAAAUACUUGCACAACACCAUCCUCUACUCCUGUCUCUCCAAACUUUGUAAACUCUAGUGCACAAAGGAAAGCAGUAUAUAGAGUAAAAAAACAGAUGCCACAAAAUCCAUCUAAGUCUGCCGAUAUUGUAUCCUCACUGAUUUUUAAGGCCAGUCCCAGGAAGAGAGCAGUUCUCAUAGAAAAAUGAGUUGAAAUUCAACAGUCUCAAAGACAGUCUCUUCAAGAUUGCAUGCAGAAGACACUGCAUGAACUAGACAGAAAGAGUAAACUAGUAUUUACCAGAAAGAUGGCAAAGACACACUUGAAAAAAAUUGGAGACCAAAUCACUUUGUCCCAUGCCUUUGUCCCAUGCCUUCCUGACUUGUUGCAAGUAGUGGAUUUCACCAAAGGAAGUGAAGCACCAGAAAAGGAUUCCGUGGAGGACACUGAAGAUAUUUGGGAUUUUAACAGCAGCAACAUCAUGGUUGUUCAUGAACUGUCUACAGGGAAUCCACCAGUGGAUGACCAUGAGGGGUGUGCGAAAGAAACCUGGAAUAAUGAUGUUAAGGAACAAGGAAACAGAGAUGGUGCCACCAGCCGGGACAUCUGGCCAGGUCAUGCCCCGCUGCCAUGGAGUGUGACGUGGCCGCGUGCAAUUGGGCACCUGAGACUGGUAAGCGUGGGGAAAAUGGUCGGGAGGGGCCUUGUCUGAUUAAUGUGGUGUUAGGGAAUGUGAAAACCCACGCAUUAGUGGACACAGGGUGUGAGCAAACCUUGAUUAGGACAGCUCUCCUGGGCGGUGUGUCGUGGCGGCCACGAGGUCAGGUGGCCAUCUCCUGUAUCCAUGGAGACACGGCGGCAUACCCCACAUUAAAAGUAUAUUUAUCGGUAGGACCGAUAAAACGUCACCUGGUAGUUGGGGUGGCGGAAAGGUUGCCACACCCAGUUAUUCUGGGCCGAGACUGGCCAAAAUUCAAAGAAUUGAUGAAAAAAAUGGCAGUCUCAGCCACACACGUAAACGUGGCAGAGAAAAAAAAAAAGGAACGGAUUGGUGAUGUGUUUCCUUUUCACACUGAAAUGUUUUCCCCUCUUUUCCGUCCUAGAAAAACGAAUAAGGAGAGACGGACCGCAAAAUGGGAGGGAGCGUUGUUGAGACAAGGCUGGGGUCUGGUGGGAGAGUGCUGCAAUGGUAACAAACGCCAGUCGAAGGGAGUGGGAACGCAGUGUGACCGAGAGAGCGAGGUUACUGGACCGACUAGAGCAGAUGUUAUUCCAGCCCCUCUCGAUGUACCGGACCCGUGGUACUCAAGCGCGGACCUAGUGUGGGGCCAACAUAACGACCCGUCACUGGUGCACGCUUGGGGACAGGUCCGGUCCAUUGAAGGUAAGGAUGUUGACGGCGCUGGGGCGCUAGUAUAUCCACACUUCAGUAUCAAGGGGCAAUUACUGUAUAGGGUAAACCUAGCCGCGGGCACAGGACAGCCUGUAACACAAUUGUUGGUUCCCCCGUCUUGUCGGCUGGAGGUCAUGAGGCUGGCGCAUGAUAUCCCUUUUGCGGGGCACCUCGGAGCCGAGAAGACGAGGGAACGGAUAUUGGCUCGAUUCUAUUGGGUAGGUCUUCAUACUGAUGUGUCGAAAUAUGUAGCCACAUGCCCAGACUGCCAGCGAGUAGCGCCGGGUCGAGUGCGCCCCUCCCCUUUGGUCCCACUGCCGAUUAUUUCCACUCCUUUCGAGCGCAUUGCAAUGGACAUAGUCGGCCCUUUGCUACCUUCUGACUCCGGGUAUACGCACAUUUUAGUAGUGGUGGAUUAUGCAACGCGAUACCCGGAGGCAGUUCCAUUGAGGUCCACUAGUGCCGCUGCAAUAGCCACCGAGUUAGCACAGAUUAUGGCCAGAGUAGGGAUCCCCAAGGAGAUUUUGACCGAUCACGGAACUAAUUUUUUGUCCAAUACGUUACAGCAGGUGUACAAAAUAUUAAAAAUACGUCCCAUCAGGACGUCCGUUUAUCAUCCACAAUCGGACGGUCUGGUGGAACGUUUUAAUCAGACCUUAAAGUCGAUGCUGAGGCGAUUUGUAACACAAGAGCAGAAACAUUGGGCAUCACUUCUCCCCUACCUCCUUUUUGCAGUGAGAGAAGUGCCGCAGAGUUCAACGGGGUUCUCCCCCUUUGAGCUCCUGUACGGCCGGCAGCCUCGCGGCAUUCUCGACCUGCUGAGAGAGGGGUGGGAGAAGCACAAAGGCUCGUCUAAAAAUGUGGUGAAGUAUGUGCUCCUACUCAGAGAUCGCCUGGAUUUGGUCGGUCGUUUGGCCCAAGACAACCUCAGAUCGGCUCAGCACCGACAAGAGCAGCAUUAUAACAAAAAUGCACGGAUUCGAACCUUUCGACCAGGGGACAAGGUAAUGCUGCUACUUCCCUCAUCAGAGUCAAAACUGUGUGCUAAAUGGCAGGGGCCGUAUGAGGUGAUUCGGGCUAUAGGGAAAGUAAAUUAUGAAAUUAGACAGCCCGAUCGCCGGAAUGAACGUGAAAUUUACCACAUUAAUUUGUUGAAGCCCUGGCAGGCAAGAGAGGUCUUAUUUAUAGCCCCAGGCAAUAUGGAGGAUGAUUUAGGUCCCUGUCCAGAGACCCCGAGCACAAGAGCGAUUUCAAUGGGGGAACAAUUAGUUCCGGAUCAGCAAAGAGAGCUGCGUAAGCUUAUUGAGGAGUUCAGUGAUGUUUUUUCUGAUGUGCCCGGCAGGACGAACUUAGUUGAAUAUGACAUUAUCUCUCCUCCAGGUGUCACAGUGCGAGAGAGACCGUACCGGAUCCCGGAAAGUCGACGAAGUGGCGUUCGCAAAGAGGUGUGGGAUAUGCUCGAGCUUGGAGUGAUUGAACCUUCCAGGAGCGAGUGGUGCAGUCCUAUUGUAAUAGUGGCUAAGAAGGACGGCACCAACCGCUUCUGCGUAGAUUUCAGAAAGGUGAAUGCUAUUGCCAAGUUCGAUGCGUAUCCCAUGCCUCGGGUCGACGAACUUUUAGACAGACUGGGAAAAGCGAGGUUUAUUUCCACUCUGGACCUGACGAAGGGAUACUGGCAAAUCCCUCUAACCCGCAGCUCCAGAGAGAAAACCGCAUUUUCAACACCAGAGGGGCUGUUCCACUUUAAAACCAUGCCAUUUGGGCUACAUGGUGCGCCCGCUGCCUUUCAGAGACUGAUGGACCAGGUUUUACGCCCACAUCAUGAAUAUGCAGCAGCGUAUAUUGAUGACGUGGUGAUUUACAGCUCCACCUGGCGAGAGCAUUUGGCUAGGGUUGCAGCCGUUCUUCAGUCUCUAAGGGCAGCCCGGCUGACAGCUAACUUGAGGAAAUGUGCGUUUGCCAAGACAGAGACUCAAUAUUUGGGAUUUUUAAUGGGGAAUGGAAGGGUGAGACCUGUGGUCACCAAAAUCCAGGCUUUGGUUGAUGCGGCGAUCCCCAAAACCAAGACUCAGGUGAGGUCACUACUGGGCUUAGCCGGUUAUUACCGCCGCUUCAUCCCCGAGUACGCCACAGUGGUUAACCCGUUAGUCGACCAAAUUUGCGCCAAGAGUGCGCCAAAUUUAAUUAAAUGGUCAGCUGAGUGUCAGGGGGCGUUUGAUACGAUUAAGCGUAAACUUUGCCAGGCCCCCACUCUUAUUACCCCAGAUUUCACCAAGAGAUUCAUCCUCCACACCGACGCCUCGGAUGUAGGGUUGGGUGCAGUCUUGUCCCAAAAAGUAGCUGGAGUAGAACACCCGAUAUUGUACAUAAGCAAAAAAAUGUUACCUCGGGAACGCAACUACUCCGUAGUCGAAAAAGAGUGUUUAGCCAUUAAAUGGGCUACUCACUCUUUACGAUACUACCUGCUGGGACACUCAUUUGAUCUUGUCACAGACCACGCCCCACUCAAGUGGUUAAGCACAAUGAAGGACAGCAAUGCCCGGAUAACUCGGUGGUAUCUGGCAUUGCAGCCCUUCAUGUACCAUAUGGUACACCGUGCGGGGAAAGACCACCAAAAUGCGGAUUAUUUUUCCCGGGAGGGGGGAGCAAUGGGAAAGGUAGAUUUAGCCGAGUGUUCCUUCGGCUCCACUCUGAGCGGUGGGAUAUGUGACAGAAAUACAAUGAGUUCUGGUGAUAAAUCUUCCUCCCGACCUGUGAGGGCGCUAAAGAACGGGAGGAGAAGUAUCUGGAAGGGCUGGCCUGACAGUUCGUUUCCGGGACCGGAAAGUGGGUCAGCCUGGAAGGAAGCGAGACUCUGUUGUAAGACCGUAUUGAUUUGACAGGUAAACGAGGGGCAGCUGCAAGUAAAAGGCAGCUGCAACCGUUUACCUAGAUAUCAUGCGGGAUUACAUAUAGGGGCCGGGGUAACGCUGUUCUUUUCCUUCGUUUGGGUUAAACCAAGGACCGAGAAGGACCUAAAAAUCUGUUCUGCUCUAAAAGAGCUGUGUGUGUGUGUUUGUGCGCUGGAGUGGCUGAAAACUAACUGUCUGUCUUGUUUCCGAAUCACCAGACAGCUAGAACAUAUCCGGAGCUGUCGCACUGGGCGAACACAAGCCGGAUCACCUCCUCACGUACUGUCACAACGUCCUGUGUAUUCACUCACCACAAUCACGACUGCACGCACCCGAGACGGGUGACCGUAUUCUUGUUUCUUUUGUUCAGGACUGUAUCCUGUGUUUUGUCAGCCCGAGCUUUACACAUCGUUGUGUAUUGCCGGGCUUAUUAUUUUGAGCACUAGACCAGUGCUGGCAAAUAAAGCCUAUUUUCCACUGGACUACCGUUGUCUGCUCAUUACUCCUGCACCGCAUCACUGCUACACAGCUACCCCUCACCACCCACUUUGCCACAACCACCCACACAGUAACCAGAGCAAUCAGAGAAGAGACUGGACUAAUGAGAAACUGCAGUAAUGCAUGCAACAAGAGAUGCAAUGAGAAAAGGGGCAAAAGAAAAAGCUGUUGAACAUGCAGCAAGCAAUGAGAGAAGGGACUGUGAUCAGGACAGUAUUGCACGCAGUAGCAGAUGCAAUGGAGCAGUGGAACCCAUUCAAAAGAGCAAUGAGACAUUAAUGAAUAAUAUCUAAGCACGAUAUGAGCAGGAAACAACACUGGAGCCCCAGUGCUCACUACAGUGUGCUGUCUCUGUAGGCAACAUUAACAUGGGACACUAACACUGGAGCCUCAGGGUUCACUACAGUGUGCUCUCUAUGUAGGCAACAUUAACAUGGGGCACUAACACUGGAGCCUCAGUGUUCACUACAUGUGCUCUCUCUGUAGGCAACAUUAACAUGGGACACUAACACUGGAGCCUCAGGGUUCACUA